GUAAGGGCUGCCGGGUCCUUCCCGCGGUCCCUCCUGCAGGCGCAACUCUACCCCGAUCCCGGCCCCGCCAUCCCGAUCCGGGUUCCCGACGGAGGCGGAGCCGCGCAGGGAGGAUCCCGGGACGAGCCGCGGCCAUCGCUGGGCACCGCCCGGCCCGGGCAGCCGCGGGACGGAGCUACCGACACCGCCCGCCGCGGGACGUGGCUGCAGCGGGACGCGGCGGGGUGCUCGGGGGGGCCCGGGGCUGCACCGCGGGGGUUAUCCCGGGUGUCCCACAGUGGGCAGCCCCCGGCCCCUGCCCGACCCACCGCUCUUGAUCGUCCUUGGGCAGCCGGUCCGGCCGGGAUGGCCGCCCGCAUCCUGCACCGGCUGCGGCACGCAUUGGCUGGCGAAGGCGGCCGGGAGGAGCGGGAACAUGGAGGCUCCGAGGCCGAGGACUGCCCGGAGAGCUCGGAGCUGGAGGACGACACGGAGGGGCUGUCGACGCGCCUCAGCGGCACCCUGAGCUUCACCAGCCACGAGGAGGAGGAGGACGAGGGGGAGGAGGGUGCUGAAGAGGAGCUGGGGGAGCCGCCACAGCCGACCGGGACAGCAGCCGGUGCCGAGGACGGAGGCAGGUGCUGGGGGGGCCAGAGCGGGCGCAGCGCCCCGGGGUGUCCCAAGCACUGCUGGGGCGCCCCAAAGUGUGGCUCCGCGCCGGAGCGCGGCGGUGGCAGCCUGCUGACCCGGCAGCUGCAGGAGCUGUGGCGGCGGUCGCGGGGCAGCCUGGCACCGCAGCGGCUGCUCUUCGAGGUGACCAGCGCCAGCGUGGUCAGCGAGCGCUCCUCCAAGUACGUGCUCUACACCAUCUACCUGAUCCGCUCCGGCCAGUUCGACAAGGCCCCCGCUGCCAUCGCCCGGCGCUACUCGGACUUUGAGCGGCUGAACCGCUGCCUGCGCUGCCGCUUCGCUUGCGACAUGGCCGGCGUCGCCUUCCCCAGGAAGAGGCUGCGCCGGAAUUUCACCGCUGAGACCAUCGCCAAGCGGAGCAGAGCCUUCGAGCAGUUCUUGUCCCACCUGCACUCCAUCGCCGAGAUCCGCCGCUCCCCAGAGUUCCUCGAGUUCUUCUUCCUGCAGGACCUGCGUGCCGCGCAGCGCCUGACCUGCACCGGCAUGUACCGGGAGGCCCUGGCCACCUGGGCCAACGCGUACCAGCUGCAGGACCGGCUGGGGGUCUGCAGCUCUGGCCGUUUCCUCCUGACACUGGCUGGGCUAGCCGUCUGCCACCAGGAGCUGGACCAGCUUGGGGAGGCCCAUGGCUGCUGCGAGCAGGCACUGGAGCUGCUGGAGGCCCAGGGCAGCCACCCGCUGCUGGGGCCCUUCCUGCAGGCCCACGUGCACCUGGCCUGGAAGGUGGGCAAGGACAAGCGGCGCUCGGAGGCCCGGCUGCAGGACCUGUGGGAGGCCGGGCUGCCCCUGCAGCAGCAGCCCACGCUGAAGGAGUAUCUGAUCAAGGAGCCCCUGGAAUGAGUGCCCCGUGGGGCAGGGGUCGUGGGGGCUUAUCCCUCGGGCGGCAGGAGUGGUGCCUGGGGUGGGGAUGGGGCAGGCACGGCAUAGCCUGGGAGCUGCCUCCAAAAUGCACUUUCUGUGGUUAGCCCGUCCCGCGGGGCCAGGUGCUCAUGGGUGCUCGCCGCCGGCACUGCCGAGAGCCGGCUCCCCCACUGCGGGGGCUUCUAGAGUGGACUGGGACAUACUGGCACUGCAUAAGGGAAGGGGAAGGCUUCUGACAGGGUCCAGGGCUCUUGCCAGGAACCUCCCAUAAAGCUCAUAUAACACACUAAAGAAGACUUUAUAAUAAAGUCUCAGUAGGAAGAUGUGCA